UCGAAGUUUCCCUCUCACAUUGGUUCUUCAUCAUAGAAUGUACUCGUAGAACGCAUACGUAUACCCUCUCCAUCCAGUGAAGGAAAACAUUUAUACCCUCUACUCGGUGGAUGGAGAGGAGCUCUGGGCCCUUCAAUCAAACUCUGAAGGCUCUGGCGUUGCCCCCAUCCCACACAGCCGACAACUACCUAGGAGAACUUUUAUUCCUCCUCUUCCUCCACAUGCACAUUCGUUCGUCAAGAUUCGAACCACCAUCGGUCGAGCAAAACCGGGGGCGGGGUGGGUGCGUAGGAUGUACGCAACAAGGGACCCGGACGAUGAGGUGCUUGGAAGUCAAGAAUUCCGAUGGUGCGGCCGUCGUCCCGGGCAAUGGUCGGAGUUGAUGUUGGAAAGGUUUUUGCCCUCUUCCCAACUCCUUGAGGCUCGACCUAACUAGCGACUGACUGAGGUGUACUUCGGUCGACGAGGACGAGAACGAGGCAAAUCCCUAGUGUAUGUAUGUGAGUGUGUGUGCGUGUAUGUAUAGAAGGAGCGAGUGGAAAGACAAUCCUCGAAUAGAUCGGCCAACCGUGGAAUCCAAACAGGAACUCGUGGAUGCUUGUGUCAGUUCCAUGCAUGAGGUUCAUGAGUGACUAUGAUGAUCCCGUUCAAGCUCUCGUUUUCAAUCCUUGUUUGAGUGGUCAUUCAUCCCAUCUCCAGAAUCGAAACAACCAAACAAGUUACUGCCAAUAGCUCCUACUAUUAUUACAUUUCUAGUUGAACAAGAAAAAAAACAGAACACUUGUGAUUGAAAAAUCAAUACCUAAAUAAAGACAGUGAAAAAUGGGUCGAACCACCUCCUGUGUAGUGUUAGUUGCCGUGGAGUUGCUCCACAUCGUAUGUUGCUUAGGGUUAGCAAUGGAGAGCCCGUCUAAAGCUGUUGGAAAAUCGGUCCCCGUGGAUUCCUCAGCUAUGUCAGUGUCAUCCGGCCGCGAUUUGAGCGACUUCAGUGACUCGGACAAGACCAUGGCAGGUUUAGGUGGACUCAUGACCAUGGCCCUUGUGGGAAUCAUCACUAAGCUCUACGGGGAUAAGAACGUGCGUCAAGAUCUCUACGGAUCCUCAGUAAAUCGGCGCGACGGCCAACCUGGACAUCCUCAUCCUCAUCCUCAAAGCAAUUACGUUAAUCGCAUCAAUCACUUUGAAUCGAAUAUCAAAAGAAAUCUUCAAUCAUCCGCCCAAGGGGCCAGAAACAUUGCUAAAAACGGUUUAAGGAGAUCGGGCAAUGCCGUGAUUAACACUGCAAAGGUGGCAAGGAAUGGGAUCCGGAACUUGGUACGUGGCGCACAACGUGUGGCCAGGAAAACCACAUUGGGCGUGACUAAUAUAGGCCGUUUGGCUCACCGAGGUGUGGCCAGAGUGGGUCAUGGGAUUACCCGCAUGGGCCGUGUAUCUACCAGAGGCCUUUCCCGAAUGUCGCAUGCUGCAGCCCAAGGCGUGUUCGGGUUUGGACGCCUCUAUACGAGGCAGAUGGGAAAAAUUGGUUCAAUCACGGCCAGAAGUAUCGGCAAUAUUGGAUCAAAUUACAAGCGAGGCCUGAAACGCUUUGGUUCUGGAUUCAGCCGUGGACUCUCACGAAUCGGAGGCUCUUAUAGACGAGGCAUCUCGAGAAUGGGCAGUGCCGCUUCCCAAGCCACUAACAGCAUUAGUCACGUAGCUUCGGAGAGCGUGUCACGGAUCGGUGAGUUGGCCUCUGACAGCGCCCAACACUUGGGAGGGUUGGCCACGAACAUUGUGGAGGUAGCAGCAAAUGUUCCCCGACGUGUGGUCGAGGUAGCCAAGGAGAAGAAAGUCCGAGAUUGCCUGCUUCAAACGAUUUGUUAUGCCAGCACUCCACUGUUGUCGCCGAGGCCCGAACAAAUCAGACAACGCCGCAGUUUGAUUCAAUCACUCCCCAAAGAAGAUGGACGUGCCGUCACUUCGGUCAAUAAGGAUUUGAUCCUCGAUGAUGACAGCCUCAAGCGUAAAGAUGGUGCGGCUCUAACCAUUGAUGACUGUGAAGUUUUCAAAUGUCCUGUGGCCUCCAUAGGGCGGCAAGCCUUUGGUGUGAUGAGUCGAUUCGGAAAGCCUGGACAAGAAAUCGUCAACAAGAGAUCGAUGUCGGGGUCGAGCCCAUCGAGCGAGUAAUGCAUGGUUAAUUCCCGACAUUCCAUGUCUUAGCUCGUUGGUCGGUGUGUGCGUGUGAAGAAAUACCUCGUCGAGGUUCUGAUGGAUUACAGGAAACAUUGAGUAAUAAAAGACUGAAAGCUACGAUCCACAACAGAACCCGACGCAGAACGCGAAAAAGAGUGAGUGCGAAAUGCGUUUCACGCACGACGACGACGUACAAGUCCGUACAAAAGAAGAAAACGUAUGAGAAUGUGCUUAUAAUUAUAAGAGGAAGAGUCUAUGAUUGGUCCAUUCUGGAAAUGGUGCCCAUUGACGGGAUUUAACGAGAUUCAUCCAUAUUGGAAGGCAGGUACACUAGGUUAUGUACGUACAAGUAUGAACACUAUGGUUCAAGAACAAAGUUAUUAUGUGAUUGUAAAGAAUUCAUGUCAUAUUCUCAAAAUGCCGCAUGUUAUAUUAUUGUACUCAGGACAUCUCAUAACGAAAUACCCUCUAAUCAUUGUCUGCUCUUAUUAUACAACUUUUCAAAGCUAGUAAUAAAUUUCACGAUGUACCUGGCGAA